AUGGCAGAUCUGGCAUUGUUAGAGGACAUGGAUGCAGCAGUACGCAGGGAAAGAGUCUUCCGCGACAGGGCAGAUCUCCUGAGCGAGUCUGAUGACUGGCUCCUGAGCCGCUUCGCCUCCCCAGACAUGUCCUCCUGGAGCUAUGCGCAUCAUUGGAACCGCGUCUACAACGUCCUGUCGACCUUAGGUUUCCUGGCAACAGGCGCGUUCCAGCGGGAAAUAGCCGACAGGUCUGGGAUUACGCAGUCAACCAUGAGCCGCAUCCUGCCACACGUGUUGGCAGGGAUACGGGAUCUCGCUCCACGUUACAUCAGAUUCCCUUACAACAACGCAGAGCAGGCGGUGAUAAAGAGGGACUUCCAUGAGCUUGCCGGCUUUCCAAAUGUAAUAGGGGCAAUUGACUGCACGCAUGUGCGUCUGAGACCACCCUCGGUCAAUGAUUACGCAUAUGUGAACAGAAAGAAUUAUCAUUCAAUCAAUGUGCAGCUCAUCUGUGAUGCCCAUAUGCGUCUCGUUAACGUUGUUGCGCGGUGGCCGGGGAGCACCCAUGACACAUACAUAUUCCAACACAGCAGCGUGGCAAGAGGACUGCAGGAUGGCAUGGCGCAUGGCUUUCUCCUGGGUGAUAAGGGAUAUCCCUUACUGGUAAAUCUCAUCACGCCACUGCACAACCCACUCACAGCGAAGGAGCAGCGCUUUAACCUGGCACACACAAAAACCCGUGUGGUUGUGGAGCGCUGUGCAGGCCUGCUGAAGGGCAGGUGGAUGUGUCUCAGGCAUGCAGGAGGAACACUCCUGUACACACCAGAGAAGGUCUGUCGUAUAAUUCUGGCCUGCUCGGUGCUGCACAAUAUUGCAUUGGAAAACCAUGUGCCUUAUGGAGAGGGGAUCCCCAAUGGCCGCAUCGAGCAGGAUCCGUGGCCAAUUCCUCCUGCAGCUCGGGCCAUUCAAUUAAGGCAGGAGCUCAUCCAUCGUUUCUGA